CUUCAGGCGGAUUUUCUAAAAGAAUUACCUAGUCACAACGAGGAUAAUUUUACAAGGUUCCACAUAGAUUCCAGUUGUAGAUCAAAUAUGAGAAAACCAGCAGUCUAUAUUCCUACAGUGGACCACCCCUCAGAACAAGUUAUUACGACAGAGAAGACCAAUAUUUUGUUACGGUAUUUACAUCAGCAGUGGGAUAAAAAGAAUCAGAAUAAAAAGCGAGACUAUAGUCGUUCUAGCCUAGAUUCCACAGAAAGCAGUUCCUCGUCUAAAAUGCCCCGGCUUAAUUCAGACGAUAUAUCAUAGACAAAUCCUUUGACAGUUCAAAGAUUGACGGUGAAAGCAUCAGGAACAUGACCUGCUAUAAUAGGCAGUGGUCUGUUUGAUCUAUGCUGAUAUUGAAGUAAUAUUAUGUUAUUCAUUGUUGUAUAUUGAUUUUAUGAAGUGUUCACAAGUAACAGGUUCUCUGAUAAAUGGUGUAUGAGUUCCGUAAAUAUGCCUGACUGAGUCUAUUAAAGUUUAUUAAGUACCGGCACAUGCAAAUUGUUGUAUUUUGAUGUUUAGGGGUGAAUUGUCUGCAGAGUAUAUAUUAAAUUGAAAAUCAUGUUACCAGUUUGUCCUAAUUGAAGUUCAACAAAACAUGUGGAUAUUUUUUCUCACUGAAUUUGUAAUAUUAAUAAGACUUCUUUUGUUAUAACCAAGUCAGAAUGAGAAAAGAGUUAACUUCACCUUCCACUCAAAUAUAGGUCAGUUUUAGGUUUUGCUAUUAAAUUUGUGGUACAAUGUAUUCCAUAGUAUCUGUUUAAGACUGUUUAUUAAAUGAUGUAUCAGUAAUUGGCAACAUCUGAUAUUUAUUCCAUAUUCAUGUUUACAUGCUUUUUUGUCUUGUUAGCUUUUGACUGUUGGCUUUCAGUGCUAAAUGCAAAAAUAGAAAUGAACUAAAUGUAUUGGUGUUUUGUGUCACCUUGGCACUAUUAUAACAUUAAAAAAGGACAUGAUGUGAAAGUGAUUUUAAAUUAAUUAAGUGCUUAUAGAGCCUGUGGAAUAUGGAACAUGUAUGAAAGCAAUGUGUAUUUUGAGGAUUGAAAGAUGUAUAAAUCUCUUAUCUACUGCUCAGAGUGAAUGAACUUUACAAAGGGGACACAUUUAUCUCACUGUCUGGCAUAACAUAAUACUGAGUUCUUGGGAAGGUAAUAACAAUGAACAAUAUGAAAUUGUAAAUGAUGUAUGCUUCAAUAUUUUCAUUGUAUUUUAAUAUGUUAAUGAUGAUAUUAAAAUUGACAAAUUCAA